AUUGCGUUUUGUGUUAGUCAGCCAUAGGGAGUUAUCGAGGCGGGCACUUGGUCAGUACUCAACUCGACCGCCUUUUGUCCUACCAGCUUCCAAGCAUCGGCCUCGUCGUUGUUCUAUCUAUUUAACCCUAAGUUCCCCCGAAUGCCCAAGGCUCAAUCACAGGACCAUUCAUCCAGCCGAGGCGCCCCUUUCCAGAACACCCAUGUUCUUAAACGAAACCAGGCAUGCCAUCAAUGUAGAAGACGCAAGCUGAAAUGGUCAGUAUCUCUCAGUCAUUAUGCCGAAGCCCGAGAAAGCUACUUUAUAACAUUUACCUUGAUGUUCACAGCGAUGCACAACGUCCUUGUUCAACAUGUGUUCGGUCACAUUCAUAUGCUGUUGCUCACGCGCCGGCUGGCGUAGAAUUACCACCACAUCCAGAGUGUACCUUCGAUGAAGCAGUUUCAGAAAGCCCUCCCGUUGAGACAACAGAGACUCCUAAGAGUCGGUUUGAGCGAUUAGAGAGUAGGAUCAAUGAGCUCGAAUCACUCCUGCGGGAGAAGGACCGAGCAUUGAACACAUUCGCGUCCGAUCAAUCACAACCUCAAAUGCAACACCAUCCAUUUGCUUCAUCUUCAAAUGCCCAUACCCCGAACCUCGUGCACUCUAAUGGCUUCAACUUCGACGGGAUCCCUGGUUUCGCCAAUGGCAAUGGGAACGGGAUCCCAACUAACGGGAUCUCAAACAUGUACCCGAACUACACUUCCUCCAAACCUCAGAAUGGCACCAACGGGAUGGAUUACACGCAAUUUCCUAAUGCAUCUGGUUUGGACAAUCUUGCUGGCGUCGCAAGUUUGCUGGGUAACGCACCACUUUCGGAGGCACAUAUCGAUUCCGUAUCGGCUGGUCUGAACCAGGACACUUCCAUGUCCGGCGGCUUUCAGUCUAAUGGAUCAAACCUUGACAUAGUCUUUGCCUCUUGGCCAGUUAACCUUCCUAGCCGAGAGGUUACUCGACAUCUCGUUGAGGCUUACUUUGCUUUUCAUCUCCAUGCGGUGAGACUUUUCCACGGACCAUCGUUCCUCGCGUCUCUGGAUUUGCAUCCUACCGAUCCAAGGUUCCCAUGGUCUGCCAUCUUACAUGCAAUGUGUGCCAUUGGAAGUCUCUACGUUGCAAGCAUACCACCGACACCCGCACCUCCGCCAGAAUAUCCUGCACAUGAGGUUUUCGGAGCCAGACUCAGGACGCUCCAGCGACGGCCGGACUCCUUUGCCGAACAACAGGCGAAGUUUGCAAAGGAACAAGCCGAGAUUGCUUUAGACCUCGGGCAUCAUAAGUUCCAAUGCGUUCAAGUUACUGUCAUGCUAACUUGGUUCUAUUGGUGUCACGGCCGAUGGUCGGAGGCCUUCCUGUCCGCGGCUCAGGGCUUAAGAGUAGCUGUUCCAUGUGGACUCAAUGUGUGUCCGCCAUUCCAUACUAUCGCUGAAACUCUUCGGCCACCGGCUAUCAUACCUCCCGCAAAAACUGUUAUGGAGGAUGAGGUGCGAAGAAAUACAUUCUGGUUAGCGUACGCUAUGGAACGACAGAUGGGCACUGGAAACGGUUGGGCACUCAGUCUUGACGACCAGGACAUUUGCCAACUGCUUCCUUUGCGUGGCGACCAAUUCGAACAAGGGAUUCUCGUAUAUCCUAGCGAGCGUCAGUGGUCACACGACAGGGAUCUGCUCACCACACACAAAGACGAACAGAUUGAUUCAUUCAUUCUCUACGUCAAGGCCACCAUCAUCCUCUCACGGGUCAAGUCGUUCAACUUGCGUUUCAAAGGAAAGCAUUAUGUAGGUGACGCUUCUGUUGUGUCGCCGAACAAUAGCCCGGCAAGUGCGGACCAGCAAGAGAUCUUUGACAUCAAGGAUGCCCCCGCCUUUCAGGAAUUGGACAAGAUGAUCAACGCUUUCAGGACUUCCUUCCCUGCUCACCUGAAGAGUCCUAUUAUCGGCCAAUCUGUUGACCCUUAUCUCUACACCGCCUCCUUGAUACCACACUUAGGCUUGAUUUUGUUGAACGAGCCUCACGCUAGACCCGGAGAGGCGACCUGCGUUCAUGCCGACAGGAUACUACGGGCCGCCAGGGCGAUUGUGGAUUUGAUGUAUAACAUCGCUUCUACAAGUUACGAUGUUUCGUUGCUGGGCUUGCAUUCGAUUAUGUGUUGGUUUAUGUCAGGAAGAGUCCUUAUUCGAUUCCUGAAGGCCGCCAUGCAAGCCAACAGCGAUGCACAGAUACCUCAGUUGCAAGCCGAGAUUGUUUUCAUUCGUUCCAUGUUGAUGAAGGCAGCGGAGCGUAUUACACUUGCACAGCGUUAUCAACGAAUGUUGGACGAGUACCUCUUUAACAGCACCGGCCAGACAUUUGCAGAUUCCCUGCCUAUAUCCAGAUUCUCUACAGAAUGCACAAUCUCCCUAGAAGAGGAUUCAACCAGUACCAUGGUUCCCGAUACGAGUCGAGCUACUGAUGUGUUCAUGCAGUAUAGAGCUCCUCCCAUCCCCGCUCGGCCGACUCGCAGAUGACCGCCACAUUCUACUAUUUUAUGGACACUUUAUAUCGUUUCGUUCGUUUUGCUUUUUUCUCUCUCGGGAACGUGGAUUUGUUGUACGCUUAUCAUGUAGCAGCUAUUAUCUAAUUCAUGUAUGAUUUGGACCACUUAGUCCAGCGACUUGCCAUUCUUUGACGGAAUUCACAACGCAUUCCAUGUAUCCCAGGAACAACUCUCACAUGCGCAGCUUCAGUACGUACCAGCUCUCCUUUUGCCUUACCUUAUACGCUCAGGCCGACUUC